AUGAAGUCGCGUCGGUCUCGAACGUCCACCUCAAAAUGCGAGGUAGUGGAGUAUAUUCCCCCCUCAAAGCGCCUUUUGGAUCCUCUUCCAUCCGCGCCUACCGCUGCAGAUUCACAUCAGCGCAUCAUCGGGAAGAUUGAUAGAUCAGCUCUGACCAUGUACCUGCAGAUUCUUGCCAGCAGUGACUACGUCCUCCCCAAUUCAGAUGCAGAUCCUGUAUCCCCUGAAGUCAAUCAGAAAGUGCCUCACACAAAGAACGCUAAACUCAGAAAAUUGGGAGAUAGAAUAUCCUUUAAAAACAGACGUCAAUCAUUUUUCCUUCCUGAAACCUUGCUUGAAGAGGAUGAAAGGCUUUCUAAGGAGUUUCUUUUCAAGCGAGCCCUUGCAUUGGGUGCAUCAGACGCCGUCCGAGAUGCUCUGAUCAAACGCGAGCUCUCAUUAGCUGAUUUUCGACCUCUAAAAGCCCCUUUCGUACCGUACAUUCUUAAGGUCCUGGUCAACGCCAUCGAAGAAGAUUGCAACCGUCAGGGUUGGGAUGUCAUCUUUAACCAAUCUAGCUCCACUCAGCGCGAGUUGGCAGAACUCCAUGCUUGCCUCCUCAUCCAAAAUUGGAAUCAUCAUCACCAUGUAAAACGUCAGGUAGGUGAAAUCCCUCUUCCCCUCAAAAUCACCACACUUCGAGUCCUUCUUUCGGGCUUCAAGCAGAAACCGCUUCACUUUAAUAAACAAGUCCUUAAAGAGGUCAUUAAGAGACCGCUCUUUGACCUCUUUCUACGUCCGAAUCCCAACAUCAAGUCCUUAGUUCGUCACACCGCGUUGCCAUGUAAUCGCACAACAAUGGACACUCUGGCAUUCAUGAUGUUCCACCUGCAACACGCUUGGGAACAUGGCGCUAAUCCCAUAGCCACGAAGGGUAUUUUGGCGAAGCUCUACGGUCCUCUCUUGGUGAGUUUCUCCGAGCGUCCGGCGAUCAUCGAUCAGGAUCCAAUGGACUACAAGACAGAGGAGGCGGCGAUCCUGGAGGUUGUGCUAGAGGUGUGCAACUCCCAGUUUUGGGACAAUCUGAGCAUGCUGAAGAUGCAUUUGGCUUUUGACUCUGACCUGUAUGGCGAGGAGGAGAAGACAAAGGAAGAGGAGGAGGGAAUAGACUCAUUAAAUGACUUGAACGUCAAGACGUCGGAUGAACCCUCGGAGUAUGAGAAUGAGGCGUGGUUCUCGAAUCUCUUCGCGGGCGAUUUGUGUGCAAUGAAAUCAGCAGCGGCGGAGCCUAAACCGCAAUCAGUCAUAAUGCCCUGGGGUAAGAGCAUCCUCGCCGACUGCCGUCCGAGGCCGCUCAAAGUAAAACCGCCGAAAGAGACACCCGAGCAGCGAAUAGAACGCGCAAAGAAGGACGUCGCAGCGGUGCUGCAUGGCAGUGUGCACGAUUGGAAGCCACCACCUUUUCAUGAGGACCUUCAUUGCGGCCCCCCAAGUCAUCUGGGUGAUGUGCACCUGUACCACGUCUACCUACGACGUCGACUGCGUUCCACAUCAGCCAUCUUGCGGGACGUUUUCCGGGAGGCACGUCUCCCAACAAGAAAAGAUCCGCCUAAGUUCCUGCAUGUGCCAGCUCGGGUCCAAACCCACCUCACUUGUCCUCCCACGCCCCCACCUCCUUUACCUAUUCAAGAGUCAAAAUCUGAUGUGUGA